UUUGAUAAUCCUAAAACUCAUAUCAGUCCAUUUCUUACCUUAUCUCUUCCGCUAGACAUAUUUCCUUCAUCCCUCUCUCUAAAUGGGUGAGUCUAAAUGAGACCAAAUCCCUUCUCGCCAUUAUCAAAUUUGUCCCAAAGACUCUAUCCAAGAUUGGCUCUUUCGCUUUAAUUUCAUAAUAUUAUCCAAGAUGCUUUCAACUACCAGCAGAUGCCUUACUAAUUUUCGGCUUCAUCGGCUACUGGGUUUUUUUGAUUCGGUUUCUUAUACUAGUUCUACCAGUACACACGCCAGAGGUAAAAGCAAAUCUUAUUCACUCGAUAACAUUGAUGAUGCUUUGGCUUCUUUCCAUUUGAUGCUUCAUGGUAAUCCCUCACCAUCUAUUGUGGAAUUUAGUAAAUUAUUAUCUGCACUAGUUCGAAUGAAACGUUACGAGACUGUAAUUUCUCUUUACAAACAGAUGGAAUUGUUUGGAAUUUCGCUCGAUAUUUAUUGUAUAAAUAUUUUGACUAAUUGCUUUUGCCAUCUGGACCGCGUGGAUUUUGGGUUCUCUCUUUUGGGGAAAAUCUUCAAACUUGGUUUUGAGCCUACCAUUAUAACGCUUACUACGUUGAUCCAUGGGCUUUGUAGAGAGGAUAGAUUUGAUGAAGCUGUGGAAUUAUUUGAUGAAAUCGUUGCAAAAGGGUUUAAACCUAAUAUUUAUACCUAUAAUGUGAUUGUGAACGGUCUGUGUAAAAUUGGGAAAACCAAUGUGGCCUUUGGUAUUCUGAAAAGAAUGCUCGAGGAAGGUUGUGAACCUAAUGUGGUGUCAUUUAACGCUAUCAUUGACAGCCUUUGUAAGGAUAGAUUGGUGACUGAGGCAUUAGAGCUCUUCUUGAAAAUGAAGAGUGAAGGCAUCUCUCCGAGCAUUGUGACGUACAGCUCUUUAAUCCAUGGUCUGUGUAUGUCAAGUCGAUUGAAGGAAGCUUUUUUGCUGCUUAACGAAAUGUUGAAAGCCCACAUCACGCCAGAUCUAAUUACCUUCAAUAUAUUGGUUGAUGGUCUUUGUAAGUGUGGAAGGGUUUCAAAGGCUUGUGGUAUCGUCAAAUUGAUGAUUCAGAGAGGAAUGAACCCUGAUGUUGUGACUUAUAACUCUUUAAUCCAUGGUCUGUGCAACUCAGGCCGAUGGGAGGAAGCUUCUGUACAGCUCAAUGAAAUGUUGGAAGCAAACAUCACUCCAAAUUUAAUUACCUUCAAUAUAUUGGUUGAUGGACUUUGUAAAGAAGGAAGGGUUUCUAAAGCUCAUGGCAUAGUCAAAUGGAUGAUUCAAAGAGGAAUAAAGUCUAAUGUUGUGACUUAUAACUCUUUGAUGGAUGGAUAUUGUCUACUCAACCGGAUGAAUCAAGCUAGAGAAAUUUUUGACAUGAUGCUAAGCAAGGGUUAUACACCUAAUGUUGUUACCUACAGUAUCUUGAUUGAUAGGAGAAAAAGGAUAGAUGAGGCGAUGCGGCUUUUUGAUGAAAUGGCUAGCAAAGGCUUGAUUCCAAACCAUUUCACAUAUAAUUCUCUUAUACGGGGUGUGUGUACAGCACAGAGCCCUCAGGCUGCAUAUAAGUUGUUCAAAACCUUGUGUGCUAGUGGCCAUUCUCCAGAUGUGGUAGCUUACUCGAGUUUGAUAGAUGGCUUCUGUAAGCAUCGGUGUCUAGAUCUGGCGUUGACCCUAUUUCAUCAAAUGCAGAAAAACUCAUUGAAGCCUAAUAUUAUUGUCUAUAGUACCUUAAUUGAUGGUAUGUUCAAAGUUGGAAAAGUUGAAGAUGCAAAGGAACUGUUUUCUAGACUUUCCAUGGAAGGGUUGCAGCCUGAUGAUUUCACAUACAAUAUAAUGAUGAAUGGACUUUGUAAGAAGGAUUACUAGAUGAAGGAAGGAUUACUAGAUGAAGCAUUCAAGGUGUUCAGGAAAAUGGAAGGGAAUGGUUGCUUGCCAGAUAGUUGCUCUUAUAAUGUGAUUAUCCAAGGAUGUCUCUGGUGCAAUGACUCGUCCAUGGCAAACCAACUUAUUGAUGAAAUGGUUGGCAAGGCGUUCUCAGCGGAUGCCACUACCACAGAGUUGGUAAUGAAUUUAGUUUUGAACAAGCCUGAUGAUCCUCUUGUGCAAAAGUUGCUAAGCUGCUCUAAACAUUCUCAAGCUGUAAACUUGAAGUGAAAUUUUAGGAUAGAACAACUGUUAUACUGUUGGAAGAGGUUUUUGUCAUAUUUCUAGUUAUGCCGCCGCAAUUUGUCUCGAAAACAUGUUCUAUUUUCUGCAAUUCAAUCUUUAAAUGAUGGUUGAAUUCGGUAUUUUUUGCAAUUCAAUAUUUGUAUCGGGCUUCUGCAAUUCUUCAUGUGUUAGUCGAAGAAUUCAUUAUUUAUGCAUACGUAAAGAAAACUUAGUAAUAAAGAAAACAUACUCAUUGCUUGACA